AUGCUAUCAAGGGCCAAACCUGCUGUAGGCGGGGACCUACCGCACAGUGACAAGAGAAAGAAGAAAGGUAGGAAGAUUCCAAAAGUAGAGGAGCUACUUUCUCAGAGGGAUUUCACUGGAGCUAUUACCCUGUUGGAGUUCAAACGUCAUGUUGGGGAAGAAGAGGAGGACACUAACCUGUGGAUUGGUUACUGCGCCUUCCACCUGGGCGACUAUAAGAGAGCUCUGGAGGAAUAUGAAAAUGCAACAAAAGAGGAGAAUUGCAAUCCUGAAGUCUGGGUGAACUUGGCCUGCACCUGUUUCUUCCUUGGGAUGUACAAGCAAGCAGAGGCAGCUGGGUUUAAAGCUCCAAAAAGCCGGCUCCAGAACCGUCUGCUCUUCCACUUGGCUCACAAGUUUAAUGAUGAAAAGAAGCUGAUGAACUUUCAUCAGAAUCUCCAGGAUAUCACAGAAGAUCAACUCAGUUUGGCCUCCAUCCACUACAUGCGAUCGCACUAUCAAGAAGCUAUCGAUAUAUACAAGCGAAUCCUGCUAGAUAACAGGGAAUACCUUGCUCUCAAUGUGUAUGUGGCCCUCUGUUACUACAAGUUGGACUACUAUGAUGUGUCUCAAGAAGUUCUAGCUGUUUACCUUCAGCAAAUUCCUGACAGUACCAUCGCUCUCAACCUGAAGGCUUGUAACCAUUUCCGCCUUUACAACGGCAAAGCAGCUGAGGCAGAACUCAAAAGCUUGAUGGACAAUGCCUCUUCUUCCUUCGACUUUGCUCAGGAACUCAUCAGGCACAACCUGGUGGUUUUCCGAGGAGGUGAAGGGGCUUUGCAAGUUCUGCCACCCCUGGUUGAUGUCAUCCCUGAAGCGAGGCUAAAUUUAGUGAUUUACUACCUUCGCCAAGAUGAUGUACAAGAAGCUUAUACCUUAAUUAAGGAUCUGGAACCAACCACUCCUCAGGAGUAUAUCCUCAAAGGAGUGGUCAAUGCAGCCCUGGGCCAGGAAAUGGGGUCGAGGGACCAUAUGAAAAUUGCGCAGCAGUUCUUCCAGCUGGUGGGAGGAUCGGCUAGUGAAUGUGAUACGAUCCCCGGAAGGCAGUGCAUGGCCUCAUGCUUCUUCCUGCUGAAGCAAUUUGAUGAUGUCUUGAUUUACCUCAACUCAUUUAAGAGUUACUUCUACAAUGAUGACAUCUUUAACUUUAAUUAUGCACAAGCUAAAGCUGCAACAGGCAAUACCAGCGAGGGUGAGGAGGUGUUCCUCCUGAUCCAGAGUGAGAAGAUGAAGAGUGACUACAUUUACCUCAGUUGGCUGGCUCGGUGCUACAUCAUGAAUAAGAAACCCAGACUGGCCUGGGAGCUCUAUCUCAAGAUGGAAACGUCAGGCGAGUCCUUCAGCCUCUUACAGCUCAUCGCGAAUGACUGCUACAAGAUGGGCCAGUUUUACUACUCAGCCAAGGCCUUUGAUGUCCUCGAGAGGCUGGACCCCAACCCUGAGUACUGGGAAGGCAAGCGAGGCGCCUGCGUGGGCAUCUUCCAGAUGAUCCUGGCUGGGAGAGAGCCCAAAGAGACCCUCCGCGCGGUGCUCCACUUGCUGAGGAGCACGGGAAACACCCAGGUGGAGUACAUCAUCCGGAUCAUGAAGAAGUGGGCCAAAGAGAACAGGGUGCCCAUCUGA